AUGGACUCAAUUCUCUGUGAUGAGUUGCUUCAAGAUAUCUUCCACCGCCUUCCGCCGUCUUGUUCUGCCGCCGUCUCGCUCGUUUGCAAGCGGUGGCUCCGACUUCUCCGGUUAUCCACCUCUUCCCUUACUCUUUACUUCAGCCCACCUUCAUACAAUUCCGCCACCAUCAGUUCACUAUCCUCUUUCCUCAGCCAACAUUCUUAUCUUUUUUGGCUCUCUCUUACCCUCCCCACCGACUGCUCCACCGCUGCCGCCGAUCAUGUCCUCCGUUGUACAGCGUCUUCUUGCCCCAAUCUCCGACACCUGCUAUUCUUGAGCACACCAGUCUCGCCCUUCUCUCUGUUCAAUCUCUCGAAUUCUUGUAACCAUCUCUCUUCUCUCACUAUCUGUCUCUCUAGACCCCUCUAUUUCCAUUGGGUUAAGUCUUUCAACUCUCUCAAACACCUUUCUCUCUUUCUUGCAAACCCUUCAACUCAAUUCAGUUCACUUGAUGUCAAUGAAAUGGAUGAAAUUCUUGAUGUUGAACUGGGUUUAGAGUCUCUCUGUUUAUCCGGAAUUCAACCGGGGGAUUUUGGGCUCCAUCUUCUAUGGAGAAACUGUAAGAACAUCAAGAAACUUCAGCUGAAGAGCUGUGAGAGUCUAGGAGAUUACGCCUCUUUUUCGGGUUUCAUUAUGCGUCAAAAGGGUCUUCAAGAAGUGGAAUUGAGAACUUGUAGGAGUAUUGUUGAUGGGGUUUUGAUGAGAUUGGCUGAGAAUUGUGUUUCUUUGGAUUUUCUAUUGGUUCAUGAUGGUGGUAGUAGAGAGGGUCUGCAUCAAUUCAUAAGUCAAAGCAAAUGUAAAUUAAGAAAGCUUGAUUUUCGGUUGCCUCUUGAUCUUGACAACAGUCAUUUAAUUGCCAUAACCGAGAAUUUGAAUUUUAGGAGCUUGGAGAGUUUAAGGUUGCAAAGUUGCAGUCUUGUUACUGGUGAGGGAUUAAAGGUUCUUGGGAGGGUUAUGGGCAAUGGUCUUGAAGAACUUGCAUUGAUUAACUGUGAUGUAGUCGAUAGAGAAUCGGGCUUGCUGUCCACUCUAGGACAGGAUUUGAAGAGGUUAAGGAAACUGGACUUGUCUUAUAAUAAAAUGUUGCUCGAUAGGGAGUUCAUAUCAAUGCUCGUUUCUUGUAAUUGUUUGAGUGAAUUGAAAUUGAGGGGUUGUAAUCGAUUGACAAGCUCAUCCGUGAACUCGAUGAUUAGGAACUGUAAAUUGUUGCAGAGCGUUGACAUAUCGGAUUGUGGUGGGAUCAAGGUUGAAACAGUCGAAUUAUUUUUGCUGAAUUCUCCGCAGUUGAGAAAGGUUCAAGUCGAGCAAAGCAAAAUCUUCGAUGUUUCAAGAACAUGGUUGAUGAAUAAAUUCAUCGACGUGGUCUAA